AUGGGAAAUAAAGAAGCUUUGUUUUAUAACAGUGUAAACGAUCCUUAUGUUGUUAAUUAUAUGUGGCUAUAUGGAAAUAAUAUUAAUAAAAGCGAAAUUGAAAGAAAUAAAAAUAUGCAAUUAAAAAGUUCUCGAUGCAUAUAUAAUUCCAGAAAUAACAAUGGACCAAGUUAUUGUGUGGAAAUAGGAAAAAAAAAAAAUCAAGACUUAAAUCACAAGAGAGAAGACAUAUAA